GAAGAAGAAGAAGUGUUCAGUCUCUCGGUGUGCUUCUUAGUUCUGUUUACGAAAGUCGAUUUCGCGCCAAGUUUUAUUGACAGGUGUCGCAGGCCUUCAGAAAAGCUGUUGUUGUGCUGUAGUUAUUCUCUCUGAAUAGAGCUGCUAAAAUGACUAAUAACAAUCAAGGCAAGAGAAACAAGUCAAAGGGCCAAGGUAAGGAGCGCCGUGCACAGUUGAAGGCGGAAAAGGCAAAGGAUGCGGCAGCUCGGCUGCUGGUAAAACAGGCUAAUGAAAUUCCUGAUCCACUUGCGAAAUUCCCAACAUUCACAAAGUUUGAACGUAAUGGGUUGAACUGCAAACUGGAAUGCAAAAGAGUCAGGGAUCUGGUUCCUGAGGUGUUGGAGUGGGCGAUUUCACUCUGUCAAACAAAUAUGCAGCCUUUAUAUGAACAGAGUCAAAGGGGAUGGCGAGCCAAUGAAAAGAGAGAGGAGAUGACAGAAGAAGAGGCUUGGUAUCUCGUUGCUUAUGAUGUAAACCUUGAUAAACCGAUUGGGUUUUCUCACUUCCGGUUUGACAUGGAUUAUGGUGAUGAAGUUUUGUAUUGUUAUGAAUUACAACUGGAACCGGAAUAUCGUGGGAAAGGUCUUGGCCGAUUUCUUUUACAAGUUUUGGAAUUGAUGGCAUUUUCUAAUCAAAUGGUUAAAGUUAUUUUAACAGUUUUCAAACAUAAUCCCCGUGGUUUGUCCUUCUUUAAAAAAUGCAGAUAUGAUAUUGAUGAAACAUCUCCAGAAGAUGAUAUAGAUGAUCCUGUUGAUUAUAGAAUUCUUAGCAAACUGAACAAGAUGAAACCAACUCAAAAAACAUCUCUGUAAAUUUGUAUUUUUUAGCCGGAAAGGAAAUUUAAUAGUAAAAAUAGAUUUUGAGAA